CAGCCAGUGAGGGGGAGCUCUGAGGAUGCUCCGCUGAACUGGGAGGGAAUACAUUCGCUGGGAGUUUGCAUUAAGAGCUCAGCCAUUAUCAGCUGCACACUGGGAACAGAGACUCGUCUGCAGAAUCAUUUUCCACACCCGGUGCUUGUUGACUCUUCUUCUCUCUCAGCUGCAGCUAUGAAUUACCUGCGUCGGCGUCUCUCGGACAGCACCUUCAUCUCCAACCUCCCCAAUGGCUACAUGACAGACCUCCAGAGGCCUGACAGCGCUCAGCCUCCUCCACCUGCCACCACCACCACCCCGGCCAAGUCUCCUACAACUGGGCCCACACCUCCAGCCACUUCCCCUGCUCCAGAGAGGAAACCCCAGCCAUCUCAGUCAAGCGGAGCGGGCUUCUUUAGCUCCAUCACCAACGUUGUUAAGCAGACAGCUGCCUCAGCAGGGCUAGUGGAGCAGACCCAAGUCACGACACCCAAGAAGUUCAAGAUUCUCUUCGUAAUUGAUGAACCAUCUCAGGAGUGGGCAAAAUUAUUCCGGGGAAAGAAACUACAUGGGGAUUAUGACAUCAAAGUGGAGCAGGCUGAAUUCAACGAGAUAAACGUGGUGGCUCAUGCUAACGGGACCUGCAACGUUAACAUGCAAGUUCUCAGAAACGGCACCAAGGUUAUCAGGUCGUUCAAGCCAGACUUCGUCCUCGUUCGUCAGCACGCCUUCAGUAUGACCCAGAAUGAAGAUUUUCGCAACCUGAUCAUCGGCCUGCAGUAUGGCGCCGUCCCAUGCAUCAACUCACUGGAGUCCAUCUACAAUCUGUGUGACAAGCCAUGGGCGUUUGCCCAACUUAUCAACACCCACAGGAAGCUGGGCGCCGAGAAGUUCCCUCUGAUCGAGCAGACCUUCUACCCCAACUACAAGGAGAUGGUCAGCAUGCCAUCAUUCCCUGUUGUUGUGAAGAUUGGACAUGCCCACUCUGGUAUUGGAAAGGUUAAGGUGGACAAUCACAGUAAAUUCCAGGACAUAGCCAGUGUCGUGGCUCUCACCCAGACGUACACCACCACAGAACCUCUCAUCGACUCCAAGUACGACAUCAGAAUCCAGAAGAUUGGCACUGACUACAAAGCCUACAUGAGAACGUCUAUAUCUGGGAACUGGAAGACCAAUACUGGCUCAGCGAUGCUCGAGCGGGUGGCCAUGACUGAUCGGUACAAGCUGUGGGUCGACACCUGCUCAGAGAUUUUCGGGGGUCUGGAAAUUUGUGCAGUCAAAGCUAUCCAUGGGAAAGAUGGCAAAGACUUCAUCACAGAGGUGGUGGGCUCCUCCAUGCCCCUGGUGGGGGAACACCAGGCCGAGGACAGGCAGCUCAUCGCUGACAUGGUGCUGGCAAAAAUGAACCAAUCAGCAGAGAACGAAGCUAAUGCUCCCCAGAGACCCACCACCAUACAGCCAUCACAGGGAACUGGCCAGAAGGGAGAAAUUGUCGGUGAACCCACUAAGAAUCCGGCCCACCCGCCUCAAGGUUGUCUGCAGUACAUUCUCGACUGUAACGGCGUUGCAGUGGGUCCAAAACCAGUCCAGGCCAACUGAGUCCCCCAGGAGAAAGAGUGGGAGCCUCAGAGUCUAGAUAACAACGACGUACCUUAGCUGAACACAAGCGCAGACAUUAUAUAUGUGUGUGUGUGGAUGCUAAUAGCUAGAAUCAGAUCUUGGUGACAUGAGCUCGGUACAGCUGAGUGCUGGCUGGCCUGGACUGUGUUUUUAACUCUAUGCAGUGUCAAAAUGUACUGUCUACUUGUUGACCUGUUGAUUUGUGUGCUUGUAUAGGUCACCUAUGUUUCAGUAGCUGUGGUUUUUAAUUUGGGGCUUUUGUUGAUGGUGUAUAAAGCAGAUUGUGCCUUCAGUGCUGCUCUGUGCUAUCCGUUUGGCCCGGCUAUGGAUCUUUUAUUUUUUGCCCCCCUACCCCUCUUUUUUCUGUUUCCUAUUUUUGAUGUGUACCUUUAGAUAUUGUUCAAACUGUGGACUAUCGUGCAGUUUGAAGUUUGUGUAUAUAUCUCAAUACGUAUACAGUACGUGUGUGUGUGUAUGGCUGUAGUGGUGAUUAUUUUCAUACUUAUACUAAUAGAUAUUUAUUUUUGUUUUGCAUGAUUGAUACAAAGGAAGGUGCAAGUCAGUUAUUAAUGUCUGAUCAAGUGGGAUGUUCAUGUAACAUCGCUGUUUUAUCCAAGCUGUGCUCCCUGUGAUUCAUGCAUUGUGAAUGUGUCAUAAGAAAUGCAUAUUAUAUAAGCCCUACAGGAUACAUGUAUUCAUUAUCAAAAACACAUCAUCACAGUGUGCAUACACUUACAAUAGCGACAUACAGUAUGUGGCCUUUCUUAGAGUUAAUUUAUCAUCUAUAUUGUCACGAUGUCACCAGAAAAGAGAUUAUUAAGAUUUUAGGAUAGAUAUAAAAAGUAGAUUUAUUGCAGAUUCUAUCAUGUAGGGUGUUGUGCAGGCGUCUGCACACACAACUUAAAUAUAUUUAUAUCAUUUUGAACCAAAGAAUAAUUAUUUACUUUCCGUCUUUGCACUCCAGUAACCCGCAAUGUAAAUAUCAGCGAGGGGACUGUUAAUACUGCAGCGUGUCACAUGGAGGGUGUAAUUUCAACAGCGAGCGGCGCUCCAAGACGAUACUUAUGUUUUCAAACCGCCUGUUGAAAAUCACACGCCAGAGAAUUGAUGCUGUAUUCAAGUUGUUGUUGUCUUUUUGCGUUGUGUGAAGGCACACAUUACGACUGAUACUGACAAGGUGUAUAAUGUAUGAUCUGCCACGUAAUGCUAGACAUAACCCCCCCCCCACCAUGCCCUCACACUGGGUACUGGCUAUCAUGGUGGUGUUGCCAUGACAACAAUGCAAGUGCUCUGAGGCGGCUUAAUGUGCCGGUGUUACUACCAUUCAAAGAUUCAACACUCUUCCUGUGAGUUGAUGGAAAGUGCAAUAUAGAUCUUGUUUUUGUUUUUUUUAUAACACAAUAAUUUAGUUAUUAUUUUGGAAAUCAGAUCUUCCAUCGACCUAAUUCAAAAAGAAGCCAUAGUCAUCCGCACAUUGAAUUGUUUUUACACAGAUGUCACAAUCACUUGGUUGUUGUCCAGUGGCUUUUUGUGGUGGCCAUUUCAUAUUAUCUAAUACCCGAAAUGGUGAAACAGCUAAAAAGCAACCAAAUCAACUGUAAAAAGAAAUCUGUACCGUUUUCCAACAAUUUAUUUGUUACUAUAGUAUAAAAUAUGUUCAGCAAGCUCUGUGUGCAAUUCUUUUCCAAGUUGUAUAAAGUGCCAUUGUGUCUGUGAGCGUAUCCUUGUAAAAGCCAUGCCUGAGGCUUUAUGGACGUGUUGUUCUGUUUAAUAGGAAAUAUUCCACGGCCAAAGGAGGAACAUGCCCAAGCUGCAUGGUUAGACCUUGGUUCAGUGAUCAUGAUUGAAUAUAAGAUACAUUAUAAAUGGACGUGUUUAUUUGGCCAUUGUGUCGAGGUGAAACGUAUAUCUUCAGACCUGCAGGACUGUAACUAUCAAGCGCGAUGGUAACUUGCGAAAUAUACUGUAUGUACUUUUAAAGCCGAUGUUGGACUGUUUCAAUCAAGAUCAGAGUACAAUAUAUUGUGGAAAAACUUCCUUUGUGGAUAUUUCCCCUCUGUCACUGGCAAUAAAGCUUCCUUUGCAAUAUAUA